CUGGAUUAUCAAGUGGGGAUUUAUCUGCUUUACCAGUCGAAUCAAUUGCGUUAUAACUCCGUCUGCUUUCUUCUGAUGACACCCAGCAGAAUUAAGGAUGGAUUGAAUGAAACACAGAUAUUAGCUGCUGGAGCUGGAAAUAUUGCUGCACUUAUGACACCGAGAAUAUUUGAUCAAUUAUAUGCGCAACAGAGAAAUGCAUUGAGACUUGCAGUCUAUGGAGAAGAUGCUGAAUUGGAAGAUAUUCCCAUCACUGAAGAUUUGGAACAAGAGGAAGGAGUUCAGGAGAUUGAGAUAUUUGGUGAUGAUUCCGGUGAAGCAGACAUUAUUCAAGUUGAAAGUACACAACUCAAUCAACUACGACAGCUCAUGCUUCAAUCAUAA